AUGGAGACAAAGGCGGUCGACGAUAAGACCAGUGUGGCCUUUGUGGAGGACCUCGGCGAGGAGGUCAGCAAACCGCCAAGCAAGGAGCCUCGCCUUAUUGGAACCCUCAAGCUUGUCGAAGGCGACGACAUCAUCCUGGUUCCUGCGCCGACGCGCGAUCCCCAAGAUCCCCGUAACCUGCCUGACUGGCGCAAGUGGCUGAUACUGAUUAUUGUUGCUCUCUAUGGCAUGACGGGCAACUUGCUAGCCAGCGGGAUUGGGGUUCUCGUGCCUCAGCUGCAAGAGUACUACCACGGCGGCUCGCGCGUCAAUGAUCUCGUCACGUACCCUGCCCUCUUCAUGGGCAUCGGGAACCUGGUCGCCGUCCCAUUCGCCGAUGCCAUUGGUCGGCGCCCAGUGUACCUGUUGUCCAACGUUGUGCUAAUCGUCGGUGGCAUCUGGUGCAGCUAUUCCGCCAGCCUGGGAUCGUACAUUGGUGGGCGCGACUUCAUGGCCCUUGCAGCGGGGCAGAGCGAGGCCUUGUGCGUCAUGAUUGCAGAAGAGACCUUCUGUUUGCACCAGCGUGGCAGCCUUAUUGCGUGGUUCUGCUCAUUGCAGACUCUGGGAACCGCCCUGUUCAUCACCGCAAGCUCCUACCUGACCGAGUCCCUGGGCUGGCGGUGGUGGUACGGCAUCUUCACCAUCAUCAGUGCCGCCACGUUUGUCCUAAGUUUUCUCUUUGUGGUGGAAACAAAGUACGAUCGUCCCCUGCAAAGCUACUGUACGAAAAGCGAGUUCCGCACCCGACGCCUCGACUACGACACGUAUGCCGAUCGCUCCUUCUGGCGUGACUUAUGCCCCUGGGGCCAUUUCUGGUUCUCCCUGGCGCAGUUGACCCUCUUUCUUGGUGUCCUCUACUUUAUCAUUCUCAGCGGAGUGCUGCUGGGCACGUAUAUCGUCAUGACCGCUGUGGUCGUGGCCUUUGUGGUGCAGCCCUUAGCUGGCUAUCUAAGCGACUUCAUCCUCAUGUUCUGGGCGAAGCGAAAUAACGGUGUCACAGAGCCGGAAAGCCGUCUCAUCCCUGCGAUUAUCCCACUCGCCGUCGGGAUCAUCUCCUGCGUACUCUAUGCCCGAGCGUGCCAGUUCCCGGAGGACUGGGCUUGGCCCGCCGUCGUUGUCCCCUUGAACGCUCUCUUCUACAACUUUAUAAGCAUUGUCGUGCUGAGCUUCGUCUACAUCAUGGACUGCUACCUGCAGCAUGGACAUGUGGCCAUGGUUGCUCUCAGCGCUGGCCGCGGAUUCAUCAGCUUUGGAAUCUCGUUUGGUACCACAGCUUUCGUCCAUGAGCUAGGCUACGAUGGCGCAUUGAACGUGUGUGCUAUCGUUAUCGGUGCUCUGUUUGGGCUUGGAAUUGUGCUGUACUUUACAGGCACGUAUAUCCGCCGCUUCAAGCAGAAGUGGGCCACAGAAGCAGCCUGA